AACUGUGCACUGUCCCUUUAACAAAAGGGGCCGCGCAGUUGAAGCUUCAACCUUUAACAGGCUGAAGCUCCGCUCACUCAGGAUCCAUUCAUAAAUAAGACAUCGUGUGGAAAGGAAGCCCAAAUAGGCGCAUCUGAUUUUUCAUUCAGCGGACCGGAUGCGAGAAGCGAGCAGGAACCAGACAUGCUCCCCUCGGUCGGGGACUGUGAAUCGGGGGCACGGCUGAGAGAGCAGAAGUGACUUCCCAUGGCUGACCCCUUCAUGUGCGAGCCGUCAGAAGGCAGCUUGAUCCAGCACAGAGCAUUUCACAAACCCUAGAAAAUGCUAGUUUCCUCACAGGCUUUGGUGUUCUCUACGUGCUUCCGCUUUAUACAAGUCAUCCUGGUUUAAAGAGUCUGCCGAUUUAUUCCUGCUUUGUUAAAUAAAUGAAAAUAUACCAGAGGAGUCUAGGACCGGACAUACCGAUGGAGCAGUGAGUUAUGGCAGCUAAAGAGGACCUGUAUGCCAAAGUGACCCCGCGAAGGCAGCGCCAGAGCCGGCCAAGCACCGUCAAACAUGGGUCUACUCUGGACGUGCUGCUGUCCAUGGGCUUCCCCAAGACCAGGGCUUUGAAAGCUCUGGUUUCGACAGGAGGCAAAAAUGUCCAGGCAGCUUGCGACUGGCUCUUCUCCCACCUGGAUGACCCUUUCCUGGACGACCCUCUACCCAGAGAAUAUGUGUUAUACCUGCGUCCCAGUGGACAGCUGCUCCAGCAGCUGUCACACUUCUGGCAGCAGUCCCGCCUCUCCUGUGGCAAGAAUAAGGCACACAACAUCUUCCCGCACAUCACCCUCUGCCAGUUCUUCAUGUGUGCUGAUGGGAAGGUGGAGGCUCUGUCCGACGCUCUCCAGACCACUGUGGCGAAGUGGAAGGGUCGCAUACCCCUGCCUCUCCCCCUGGAGCUCUACACCUCCACGACCUUUAUUGGCCUCUUUGUGGAGGAGCAGGUGGCGGAGGUGCUGAAGAGUUUCGCUGCUGAUUUUGCCACUGAAGCAGCAGCUAAAGCAGAUGUUCACGUCGAGCCCCAUAAGAAACAACUUCAUGUCACCUUGGCAUACCACUUCCAAGUCAGUCACCUUCCAGUUCUGGAGAAGUUAGCCAAAAAUGUGGAUGCAGCGUCAGGCUGUGAUUGGCUGGCUGUGCUCUUCUCCCGGGAUAUUCGAUUUGCUAACCAUGAGACACUGCAAGUCAUGUACCCGUAUGUGCCUCAGAAUGACGAUGAGCUUGAGCUGGUGACAGGAGACUUUAUCUUUAUGUCUCCGGUGGAGCAGAGCAGCGCCAGCGAGGGCUGGGUGUACGGCACCUCUCUGGGCACGGGGCUGUCCGGCUUGCUGCCCGAGAACUACGUCAACCGUGCCGAUGAGUCGGACACCUGGGUUGUCCACGGGUCUCAUUCCGUCCUCAAUUGUGCCUCUCCAUCUAACUCUGGCAGCACUGUUGGUGGGUUAUUGUUGGAUGGACAGCUCAACGACAGUCUACUUGACAGUCUUAUGGAUCCUCCCAGCCUCACCGGCCUCUGUCCUCCUAUGCAGGUGUCAAGGCCAACUAGUCAGUCGUCCCUCUCUAAGAUGAGACUCUUUGUGUGUCGCCAUGGGGAGAGGAUGGAUGUGGUGUUUGGGAAACAGUGGGUCACUCAGUGCUUUGACUCCAAAGGCCGAUACAUUCGCUCUAAUCUCAACAUGCCAUCCAGCCUGCCAGCCAGAAGUGGAGGCCACCGGGACUAUGAUAAAGAUUGUCCAAUUACUGUGUUUGGCUCCACCCAGGCCCGUCUUGUAGGUGAAGCUCUGUUGGAAAGCCACACAACAAUAGACUUUGUUUACUGCUCUCCUUCUCUUCGCUGCGUCCAGACUGCUCAGCAAAUUCUGCAGGGUCUCCAGCAGGAGGGAAAGACAAAAAUCAGAGUGGAGCCAGGAUUGUUUGAAUGGACCAAGUGGGUUUCAGGCACAUGUUUACCGACCUGGAUCCCCCCAGCUGAUCUGGCUGCUGCUAACCUAAGUGUGGACACAACAUACAGACCUCAUAUUCCCAUAAGUAAGUUGGCGGUGUCAGAGUCUUAUGACACCUACAUCAGCAGGAGCUUCCAAGUGACUCAAGAGAUCCUGGCAGAGUGCAAGAGUCUGGGAAACACAGUCCUGAUUGUGGCCCAUGCCUCUUCCCUGGAGGCUUGCACUCGCCAGAUACAAGGCCUGAGCCCCCAAAACUCCAAGGACUUUGUCCAAGUUGUCCGAAAGAUUCCUUACUUGGGUUUUUGUGCUUGUGAAGAAAUGGGAGAGACUGGGGUGUGGCAGCUGGUCGACCCACCCAUCCUGCCUCUGACACAUGGACCCAAUCACAGUUUCAACUGGAGGGAAAUGCUAAUGCAAGACUGAAAGAUUUGCUGUUUGGCUUUUGGCUGCCCUGAACUGCUGAAAAGUAUUUAUUUUUAACCCACACUGCUAUAAAUCCAGCCCAAUUACCAAAAAAAAAAAAAAAAAGAAAAAAAGUCUGGCUUCCGUCAAAGACAUCAUGCAAAAAAAAUGUGCAUUCACUGAUACAAAUGUUUUCAGAUGUACUGCUCAGGAAAGAGAAAAUACCAUUCGUGUAGGGAUCACAGCAGAAAUGGGCUACAGAUUGGGCAGCAGUUUGUUGAAUUUCCCUCAACAUUCCACUUCUUUUCCCAAAAUGUGGAGGUGCUACGAGAAAUCAGGAUAUUUCUUGAUGGUUGCUGAUGAAUCAGGUUUUGUGCCUCGAGAAGGUGUGUCAUUAAGCUCUGCCUGUGGUUCCUCCUCAGGUGGGGCAGUGAAGACUUUGUGUUCUGCUGCCUUCUCACACACUGUGACAAGAAUUAGAUGAGGAGACUUGUACCACAGAAGUAUUUUUCCACAUGUCAGAAAAUAUUAUUUAACUUGUAGCUAUGACCCUCCUGCGAAAAAGCACAAAAGAAAUGUUGACAAUCAGACAUGGGAGAACUGAUAUUCAUUAUUUCUAGUGCCGAGGUGGGUAGUUAAUUAUACAUGUUUUAUUCCUGUAAAUGUCAUAUCAUUAAGUGAUUCUUCUAAUUUAACGUUCAUGUGCCCUCAUGAAUCCUUUUAAGCUUCCUGUAAGGCCAUGGUCCACAGGCAUUAUGUGGAUGCAAUGCAGUUUUUGAUUACCACCAUAGGAGCAACCAAGUCAAUAUGACAAAAGAAGAUUCUUAUAAUGAAAUGGAGGCUGUUGUUGGGUUGUUAAUUAUGUCCAGGUGUAUUGACUAAAACUUUUGCUUGUUUAUCAUGACCCUGACACUUUGUAAGCCUGAUAACCACACUGCUUUUCAAACACUUGUUGCAUUUAAUUUUUUUGGUUAUGUCAGAUGAUUUACAUGCUUACUGCCUAUACCAGUUAUUUGUUGUAUGACUCAGAAAAUCUAUUGAUACUCUCAAAAAUGAAUAAAGCAUAGUCAUGGAGUUAUGUAGGCACAUAUCACCCUGUGCCACGUGCUCUGUAAAAACAUUACUUCUUCACGCUGGUUAGCAGUUGGUUGCUCUUAAUUUUUGAUUCUGUUUUACACAAACUGCAGUGAGGCUGUUCUCAUUCAAAGAAAAUAAGCAUGAGUGGAUAUUGGAAUGGACAGAUAACAAUUAAACAGUUACUCUCU